CUGAUUCUCUACAAGUAUUGUAGUGGUGUCAGAGCAUCUUAAACAAAAGUAGAAACAGUUUGCUCCAAUCUCUCUCACAAAUACACUAGCACACGUGUAAAGCAAAGAAAGCAUUAAACAAAAAAAAGAAGGGGAAAAGUAAAGAAAACAAGCAGGUUCGGUCCACCUUGUCUUCACAGCAGAAGAAAGGUAAAGUAAGAGAGAGAGAACUAGAGAGGAGAGAGAGAACUAGAGAGAAAACACAGUGAGAUUUAAACACAAAAUUGAGUGAAAUCCAUGGCUAAUAAUGGCGUGAAUCCGGCUUCUCAACCCCUAAUUCCAAUUUUUAAGGGUGAGAAAUACCAUCGUUGGAGUAUCAAGAUGAAAACCAUGUUCAAAUCCCAAGAACUUUGGGAAAUUGUUGAAACUGGAUAUGCCGAGCCAAGGGAACCCAUUGCGGAAGCAGAUAAAAAAUUGCGUGAUAAUCGCAAACGAGACGCAAAGGCUCUAUUUUUUAUCCAAUCGACAGUGGAUGAUGAAAUCUUUCCUCGGACUUCCACAGCAAAGACAUCACAGGAGGCAUGUGAGAUUAUCAAGCAUGAAUACUUUGGCGACAAAAAGGUAAUCUCUAUCAAAUUACAGUCCUUACGUUCUGAAUUUGAUAAAAAAACAGAGUCAAUGCAAUCCUAUCUAUCUCAAGUGUCUGGGAUUGUAAAUCAAAUGAAAUCUUAUGGCGAAACCAUUGAUAAUGAAAGGGUGGUUGCUAAAGUUCUAAGGAGUUUAGCCCGUGAGUAUAAUCAUGUAGUUACAGCAAUUGAAGAAUCAAAUGAUAUGACUAACUAUACCUUUGAUGAGUUAAUGUGUUCUUUACUAGCCCAUCAUGAGGUCAGAAUUAAUAAAGAUGAUGAGAAAGGGGAGGAGAAAGCAUUUCAGGUGAAAAGUGAUUCAUCCUCUAGAGGAAGGAUGGACAAUUAUUCUAAAAACCGUGGAAGAGGCAGAGACGGUUUUAGAGGACGAGGAAGAGGUUGUGACAAUAGCUUCGGCCGUGGCAGAGGCUAUGCUUAAUUUUCGGGUGAAUGUCGCUACUGUAAAAAAAAUAUGGGCAUAAGGAAGCUAAUUGUUGGUCGAAGCAGAAAAAUGACCAACGGCAAGCAAAUUUCACCGAAAAUAUUGAUGACGACAACAAUGACAAUAGAUUAUUCGCGGCACAUUCAUCCGCUCCGGACACUCACCAAAGCAACUCUGUGUGGUUCCUUGAUAGUGGUUGCUCCAAUCAUAUGUCCGGCUCAAAGGACUUAUUUAAUGAUCUCGAUGAAUCAAAGAAGGGUGUGGUGCGACUUGGAGAUGACAAGAAGAUGCAAGUUGAUGGCAAGGGGACAAUCGGCAUCAAAACUGUCCAAGUUCAAUGCAUUAUGUGAUGAGCACGACAUUCACAGAGACCUCACUGCUCCAUACACACCUGAGCAAAACGGAGUUGCAGAGCGGAAAAAUCGUACGGUGGUAGAAAUGGCCAGAAGUAUGUUGAAGGCAAAAGGGCUUUCCAAUGAAUUUUGGGGAGAAACAGUUGCAACAGCAGUAUUCUUUUGAAUCUCUCUCCAACCCGUGCUGUUCUCAAUCAAACACCGUGUGAAGCGUGGAGACGUAGAAAGCCUUAGGUAUGCCACUCAAAAGUUUUUGGUUGUGUAGCAUAUGCUUUGGUUAAUCUUCGCUUAAAGCUUGAUAAAAAGUCUGAUAAAUGCAUUUUUAUUGGUUAUUGUAAUCAUUCCAAAGCAUAUCGUUUAUACAAUCCAAUUAGUGUCAAAGUUGUUAUCAGUAGGAAUGUUGUAUUUAAUGAAGAGGCUAGUUGGGAGCAGACAGGAACAAGGAGCACAAUUGAUCAUGUUCCUGCAGAUAUUGACGGUGAAAUGGUUGAAGUUUCACCUCCAGCAACUCCACACAUGACAUCUCCAUCAAGCACUUCUCCUUCUACACCUGCAACGAGCAGUACAUCUCCAGCUUCCAGCAACAACAGCGAAACUCCACCAAAGAAGUUCAGAAAUUUACAGGAAAUUUAUGCUUCCUGUAGCUUUGCUUUAUAGGCCAAUGACCCAGUUUGUUAUGAGGAAGCUGCAGCAGUACCAGAAUGGCAGAAUGCGAUGACAUAAGAGUUACAAGCUAUUGAGAGGAAUACAACAUGGGAGUUAGUUGAUGCUCCGGAAGACAAGAACAUAGUGGGAUUGAAGUGGGUGUUCCGCACGAGGUAUGAUGCUGACGGAAACAUCCAAAAGAGGAAGGCUCAACUCGUGGCCAAAGGAUACUCACAAAUGCCAGGUAUUGACUUUGAUGAAACUUACUCUCCUGUUGCUCGUUUUGAAACUGUGAGAGUAUUUUUAGCAUUGGCUGCUCAAUUACAACUUCCAGUGUACCAAUUUGAUGUUAAAUCUGCCUUUUUAAAUGGUACAUUGGAGGAAGAAGUUUACGUCACACAACCAGAGGGCCAUAUUCUGGAUGGAAAGAAAAAAAAAGUUUACAGGUUGACAAAAGCCUUGUAUGGGUUGAAACAAGCACCUCGUGCUUGGUAUAGCAGAAUUGAUGCUUUUUUUCACAGUAAUGGUUUUACAAAAAUUGAGAAUGAACCCAUAUUGUACUUGAAUCGGCAAAGCAAUGGAGAACUUCUGGUUGUUUGUCUGUAUGUUGACGAUAUGAUUUACAUGGGUUCAUGUGAGUCGUUAGUGUCUAAGUUCAAGUCAAGCAUGAUGAGUACUUUUGAAAUGACU